AUGAAAGCACGACCCGGACACAGCCCCCCUCGCUCCCCUACGUUACCAACCAAAACGCCCGCACAGACCGCCCCCAGCCUCCUCACCCUCUCCCCCCCUGAGCACGUCGCCGCCACCACCACCACCUCCGACCAGACCUCCAGCCCCCGCCACACACGGUUUUCAGCCAGUCGCCUCUUAACGAUUCUCAAAGCCCCCCCACAGCCAGUCACCGCCGAAUGGCAACCAAAAUAUUUCCCAGAAUCCCUCGAGGUUCCCCACAGAACUCUUGAAAACGCCAUCCUGCGUCUUUCCCAUCAUGAAUCAGAUCCUUCCAAGUCUCCACACAGUUUCAGCCACAGUGCCUCCGAGUCGCCGUCAUUCUUUGCCCAUCAUCCUGCCAAAGCCCCCCACUCCCCCUUUAAGCCCCUCCCACCCGGAUCCUUUCUUGUUGAACUCCGUGACGUUCACCUCCAGUGUCUCCUCCCACCUCUACUCCCCUCUCUGCUCUUCCUCUGCCUCCUCAUUCCUCCACUCCUUCGACUCGCUUCCCCUUCCAUCGGUUUGCCUCCCAUGAUGUCAUUGGCCGCCCCUCAGCUGACCACACCCCCUCCCACCCUCAGCCCGCCCCCUCCGGACUUUACCCCACCCCCUCAGCUGCUUGGCUCAGAUGAUGAAGAGCAGGAGGACCCGUCGGAUUAUUGUAAAGGUGGUUACUACCCCGUGAAGAUAGGUGACUUAUUUAACGGCAGGUACCACGUGGUCAGGAAACUCGGAUGGGGACAUUUUUCUACAGUUUGGCUCUGCUGGGAUUUACAGAAGAAGCGUUUUGUUGCACUGAAGGUGGUGAAGAGCGCUCCACAUUACACCGAGACGGCUGAUGAGAUAAAGCUGCUGAGAUGUGUGAGGGACAGUGACCCCUCCGAUCCACACAGGGAAACCAUCGUCCAGCUGAUCGACGACUUCAAGAUCUCUGGAGUCAACGGAGUUCAUGUCUGUAUGGUGUUGGAGGUUCUGGGUCAUCAGCUUAAAUGGAUCAUCAAGUCCAACUAUAUGGGACUUCCUCUGGUGUGUGUGAAGGCCAUCAUCAGACAGGUGCUGCAGGGUCUGGACUACCUCCACACCAAAUGUAAAAUCAUCCACACGGACAUUAAACCUGAGAACAUCCUAUUGGACGCGGACGACGUUUACGUCAGGAGGUUGGCGGCCGAGGCCACCGUCUGGCAGAGAGCCGGAGCCCCGCCCCCUUCUGGUUCCUCAGUUAGCACGGCUCCCAGGGACGUCCAGGCUGGUAAACUGUCAAAAAACAAGAGGAAGAAGAUGAAGAGAAAAGCAAAACGACAGCAAAGGCUUUUAGAAGAAAGACUGGUGGACAUUCAGAGGAUGGAGGAGGAGGACGGCCCAACGAAUCCAGACGACCUCGACACAAACCCCUCCCACGUCGUCAACGGCAACAAUUCCAAGGCCAGCCCGGAGUCCACCUCGUCCUGGUUGGAGGACAGGUGUAACGGCCACGCCCCCGGACGCUUCUCUAGCCCCGCCUCCGGCCUGUCGGGAUUUUCCAGCUCCGUGAUGUCAGCGACGUCCGAGUCAGCACUUUCUACACAGUCGGGAUAUUCGAGCAGUCGAGACGUGUUCUGUGCGUCAGAUUUCGUCCUCAGUCCUCUGGAUCCUCAAAACGCAGACAAACUCAAAGUGAAGAUAGCGGAUUUAGGCAAUGCAUGCUGGGUGCACAAACACUUCACGGAGGACAUCCAGACCCGACAGUACCGAGCCGUGGAGGUUCUGAUCGGAGCCGAGUACGGACCACCGGCCGACAUCUGGAGCACCGCCUGCAUGGCCUUCGAGCUGGCGACGGGGGAUUAUCUGUUUGAGCCUCAUUCAGGUGAAGAUUACACCAGAGACGAAGAUCACCUGGCUCACAUCAUGGAGCUGCUGGGUCCCAUUCCUCUGCCCUUCGCUCUGUCUGGCAGGUACUCCAGAGAAUACUUCACCAGGAGAGGCGAUCUGCGUCACAUCUCGUCCCUGAAGCCGUGGGGUCUGUUCGAGGUCCUGUUGGAGAAAUACGAGUGGCCGUUGGACCAGGCCGCCCAGUUCAGUGACUUCCUGUUAACCAUGUUGGAGCUGCAGCCGGAUCGAAGAGCGACAGCCGCACAGUGUCUGCAACACAGCUGGCUGCAGCCCUGACACACACACACACACGCACACACACACACACACACACCGGUUGAGGGGUGUUAGGAGUGGAUCUCACACCAUCUGUCCUCUGCUUCUGUUCGUCUCCUCUGUUCUGCUUUGAUUCAAACACCGGCUGAUCCCAGAUCUGCAGCGGGUCAGAGCCCGUUCACACGAGCAUAAAAACAGAGAACUGGGAAUAAUCUGAUAAUUGACGUGUUUACAUGCACUAAAGAAAUGCGAUAAUUGAUAAAUUCUGGUUUAGACGCUCCGGUCUAUUAUUGGAUUCAGAGUUCGUACGUACGUAGCGAUGGUAGAAUCAAACUUCCUGUUACUGUCUUCUGCUUACGUUUGACUACAUAACAUCUGUUUUCUACAAUUUUAUUUGUUUUUACACAUGCGCAGAUGUAACAGAACUAAAUGAAUCAGAUGAACCUGUAUACAUGCAGGAAGACAUCAGAGUAUUGGGGAUAAAUCCAGGUGUGUUAAUCUGAUUUAUUAUAAUCAGAUUAUACUGUUUACAUGAUCACUUCAAUAAUCUGAUAACCCCAGAAAUUAGAUAGUGAUGGUAGUUUCAGUGUGGAUGUAAACAGGCUCAUCAUCUUCUGAAAACACAAACACAGACUGAAAUGAUUCACUUAGACUCUCACAGAACUGUUUACACGUUCAGCAAAUACAGCGAUCUGAUGUGAUGUGUUUACACGAGCCACGCAUUUGAUCAGACCAAAACCUGGACAAAGUGUUUCCACCUCAUGUGAAGAGUCGCAUAAACUGGAAAAAGAACAGGUUUAGGUUUUUCAAACAUCCAGGAGUGUUUGGUUUGGUUGAUGGUCGGUGGAUUCUGUCUGUUUUCACCUAUUAUGACCCCGCCCCCUGAAGGGGAGGCAAGGGGUGUUGUUUUUGGUUCAGUUUGUUUGUAUGUUUGUUGACACUAGCAACAAAACUAUUGGUUGAAUUCAUAUCAAAUUUGGUUUGUAGAUUGCCGGUGAUUCAGAAUAGAUGUGAAUACAUUUGGGAAAAAAUAGAUCAAAGUUUAAAAAUUUUUAUAGGCUAAAAUUUCCUUAGGGGGUCAAAUGAGCGGCCAUUUUUGU